UAUGUACUUUUUUUAGAAGGUUGCUGAAGGGUAUGAGAGGCAUCAAUACUCACAGACAGACAGAAAGAGACAGAAAGAGAGCAGGGUAACUUUUUCAGAGGUUGCUCUGCAGUAGCUUAACAGUUAUACACAAUGAUGCAUCUAAUUCCACUGUGUGUGCUGAUCAUCCAUGUGGGACUAACCACAAGCCAAACAACAGACAGAUAUCCGUUGAACCAAACAUCAGCAAGUCAACCCUCAAACCAAACUGCAGUUAUUCAACAUACGAACCAAACUGCAGCUGGACAACAACUGAACCAAACAACAGUGAGUCCAACCACAACCCAAACAACAGCCGGAUAUCCGUUGAACCAAACAUCAGCAAGUCAACCCACAAACCAAACUACAGCUGGACAACUAUUGAACCAAACAGCAGUGGUCCAUCCAUCAAACCAAACAACAGCUGGACAACAACUGAACCAAACAACAGUGAGUCCAACCACAACCCAAACAACAGCCGGAUAUCCGUUGAACCAAACAUCAGCAAGUCAACCCACAAACCAAACUACAGUGGGUCCAACUACAACCCAAACAACAGUGAGUCCAACUACAACCCAAAUAACAGGACCCUUUUACCCAUUUGGAACUGGAGACAUAGUAAAUAGCCGGAUAGAUGAUGGAAGUUCAUCUGUUAUCACUCUUCAGCAACCAUUUAUAUAUUUUGGAACCACAUACAACCAAAUGUUUGUAAACAACAAUGGACACUUAACAUUUAAUCAAGCCUCGAGCAGUUACUCUCCCUACCAAUUCCCGGGAUAUGGUGGACCAGACAUAAUUGCUCCAUUUUGGACUGACCUUGAUAACCGUGGAAAUGGAGUCAUUUCAUAUCAUCAGUUCACUUCUGGCAAUGUUCUCACUCAAGCUACUCGAGACAUCAAUCGCUAUUUCCCUCAGCUGAGUUUCAAUGCUACAUUGGUUUUUGUUGCAACAUGGGAUCGAGUGGCAUAUUACCCUACAACUGGCACAGAAACAUCUUUCCAAGUAGUUUUGAUUUCCAAUGGCCAUUUUUCCUUCAUUUUGAUGAACUAUGGUGUGAUUGCUCCAACAACCCGGAGCGUGCAGGCGGGUUAUGACACAGCUGACUCCAGCUACUUUUUCUCAAUUCCUGGAUCAUUUCAAUACAACUACACAAGUUUUUCUUACAGCAGCAAUGUGAAUGUUCCAGGACGAUGGGCUUUUCGUGUAGAUCAUGGAUCACAAACCUGUCAGUUUGAUGGUAUCAUAGUGCCACAAGGUACUGUAUUCUGGACUGAUAACUCUUGCCAGCGGAAAUGCACUUGCACUCGGUCGGGUCUCCGGUGCGUCUCAGAGCCAUGUACAUUUUCUCAAGCUUGCCGUCCGGCUGCUUUCCAGUAUAGCUGCCAAAACGUACAACGCCGAACCUGCACUAUUUCUGGUGAUCCGCACUACUACACCUUUGAUAAUCAAAUCUUCCACUUUCAAGGAACCUGCACAUACAUCUUGUCUGAGGCCUGUGGCAGCGGCUUGCCAUACUACCGCAUUGAAGGGAAAAACGAGCAUCGGGGUAGUACACAUGUGUCAUGGACACGCCUGGUCAGGGUAUUUGUGUAUGAGGAGCAACUGGAAUUAGUAAAAGAUCAUCCAUAUGAGGCCAAGGUGAAUGGAACCUUUGCAGCAACACCAUUCAGCCUGAACAAUGGCUCUAUCCAAGUCUACCGGUCAGGUUUUUCAAUUGUAAUCAGUACAGCAUUUGGAUUGGUUGUUACAUAUGAUGCGUAUUCCUAUGUAACCAUCAAUGUACCUUAUGAAUAUCAAAAUUCCACAUGUGGUCUGUGUGGUAACUUUAACCACCAACCAGCAGAUGACUAUAUUUCACCUUCAGGAGUAAUCCUGAGCUCAGAUAGGGAAUUUGGAGACUCCUGGAAGGCAGAGGGAGACACAGAUCCUGGGUGCGAGUAUACCCGGUGCUCAGGUCUUGCAUGUGCAGGUUGUACCACUUACCAGAGUAGCCUUUACAGUAACUCAGACCACUGUGGUAUCUUGGCAGCUGCCAGUGGCCCCUUUGCAAAUUGCCACUCCACUCUGUCACCACAGAAUUUUCUAGACAGCUGUGUCUAUGAUCUAUGUGUGGGAGGUGGAUACCAACCAAUUCUUUGUCAAGCAAUCAGUGUUUAUGCUGCUCAGUGCCAACAGCGAGGCAUACAGCUGGGUCAAUGGAGAAGAACGGGAUUCUGUGAAAUACCAUGUCCAGAGCACAGUCACUAUGAGUUCCAGGGAACAAGCUGCCCAGCAACGUGCAGUAACCCCUUUUCACCUUUAAACUGCACCUUACCAAACCAGGAAAGCUGUAUCUGUGAUGCAGGCUAUGUCUUAAGCCGUGGUGAAUGUGUUCCUCAAAGUAACUGUGGCUGCACUUUUGAAGGACUUUACUAUGCUGAUGGUCAAUCAGUGGUAUUGGACAAUGACUGUGGUAGGAUAUGUACCUGUAGAAACAGUGUUAUGACCUGUCAACAUCAUCAUUGUGGUUCACAGGAGGUGUGUACCAUUAAUAAUGGUGUAAGAGGCUGCAGACCUACCAGUUAUUCCACCUGUUGGGUUGACCGAAUAGGCUCAUAUCACACCUUUGAUGGGGUGGCUUUCACUUAUCCAGGAGCCUGUGAACUCACACUCACAAGAGUUAUUGGAUCUUCCACAAGACCAAAUUUUUUAGUUAACCUGCAGAGAGUCCCCAUGGGCACCGUUGGCUUUUCUAAGAUCCUGAAGUUUGAGGCAGAGGGAUUUCAGGUUUCUAUAGACAUUGCGGAAGGUGGAAAUAUACAGGUUGAUGGACACCUGGUUGCUCUACCAUACAGUGUUGGUGCUGGUCAAAUCCGUAUCUACCAUGGCAGUGUAGAUAGUAUAAUUAUGGAAACAUCAUUUGGGGUAACUGUGAGAUCUGAUUGGUCACAUCUAAUUAGAAUUACAGCACCCAACACCUACAGUGGGGCACUUGCUGGUCUGUGUGGAAAUUUCAAUGGAAACCAAGGAGAUGAGUUUUACAGCCCAGAUGGAGUUUUGUUAAACAAUACACAGGAGUUUGCGGAUAGCUGGAGAAAUGGUUCUCUUUCAACCUUCUGCAUAGGAUCAGAGGUCAUCUCACCAGGAAACAACAGCAGCGAGUACUGUAGCAUCAUAACCUCUACAAAUGGGCCGUUUGCUCAGUGCCACAGCAGCCUGGACCCUCAGAUUUGGUUAGAACACUGCAGACACAAUUUGCAACAGACACAUGGUGCCAGAGAGGCCAUGUGUGAGGCUCUAAGAGACUACGCUGUACUUUGCCAGCAAAAUGGUAUCAGUGUGGGAGAAUGGAGAAAUAUAACCAACUGUGAUUCCACAUGCCCCACCCACAGCCACUAUGAGCUUUGUGGCACUUCCUGUCCUGCAGCCUGUCCAAGUCUGUCUUUUCCAUUCCCUUGUACCCAACAUUGCCAGGAAGGUUGCCAGUGUGAUAAUGGGCUACUGCUAAGUGGAGAUCAGUGUGUUCCUCCUACAGACUGUGGCUGUUUUCAUGAAGGUCGGUACAGACAGAGUGGAGAGCAGUUCUGGUCUGGUGAGCAGUGCCUGUUACACUGUGUAUGUGAUGGGACAUCAGGUAUUGUUCGCUGUACUCCUGCCUCUUGCCAAGAGCAGGAAAUAUGCCGUGUCAUGGACGGAGAAUAUGGCUGCCAUGCACAACCCAGUGCCACAUGCUCAGCUUCAGGGGACCCCCACUACAGCACAUUUGAUGGACAUAGAUUUGACUUUCAGGGCACAUGCCACUAUACACUGGCAACUGUAUGUAAUGAUACUCGAGGGCUACCAUAUUUUCAUGUCACUGCACGAAAUGAAGCAUGGAAUGGCGGCUCAGUGUCAAUCACUGUUGAAGUUUAUGUCAAUGUGUCAGGACACCUGGUGCACAUUUCACGCGACAUGUAUGGCACAGCUGAGAUUGACAGUGAAACCAGAAAUCUUCCUGCCCUGCUCGACUCUGGCCGUGUGUUGGUUUAUUUCAGUGGAAGAAACACAUUUAUUACAACUGACUUUGGUCUAAGUGUGAGUUAUGGCUCUUGGAUGGUGCAAAUCACCGCUCCAGGGAAUUACAGUGGAGCCACAUGUGGCCUUUGCGGUAACUUCAAUGGUGACAGCAGUGAUGAUUUCCGUUUGCGUUCUGGUACGCUGACUUCUUCUGCUUCAGAGUUUGGAGCUGACUGGAAAGAGGGCAACGACACAACAUGUAAUCACGGAUGUGGAGACGCCUGCUCACAGUGUCCAAACCCAUCUAGAGCACAGUCUCUGUGUGCAAUCAUAAUGGACAGUCAGGGUCCUCUGAGUUUCUGUCAUGCAUAUGUUGAUCCUCUUGUCUAUUUUAACGACUGUGUCUUUGACCUGUGCCUCUCCCAACACUCGAAUGAUGUACUGUGCCGUUCCAUUGAAACAUAUGUCAGUGCCUGCCAGUCUGCCAACAUCAGGAUUUAUCCCUGGAGAGAAAAUACAACAUGUCGUAUAUCCUGUCCUACAAACAGUCACUAUGAGCUGUGUGGCUCAGACUGUGGACACACCUGUACCAGCAUUAUAAAUGACACAUGUGAGGGGACAUGCAGAGAGGGCUGUUUCUGUGAUGAUGGCUUUGUAAGGAGUGGAGGAAACUGUAUGCCUGUAGAGCAAUGUGGUUGCUCACACAAUGGAUUCUACUUCCAGAUCGGUGAGGAGUUCUGGACUGAACAAUGUUUACAACACUGUAAAUGCUUUGGUCCCAAUGAUCUGCACUGCAUUUCUGCCUCCUGCACUCCCACUGAGGAGUGUGUGGUUAAGAAUGGUAGAGUCGGCUGCCACAGUCAAAUGUCAACAUGCAUGGUCGGAGAUCCCCAUUAUUAUACCUUUGAUGGAGCUGUGGCUCACUUUCAGGGCACUUGUUCAUAUGAGAUUUCUCAGACAUGUGGAAAUGUCCCUCACGAUGGUCUACAAUUCCGUGUGGUGGCAACCAACAUGCAUCGUGGGAGCAGAGCAGUUUCCUUUGUAUCUGCAGUGGACAUGUGGCUAAAUAAACAAGAAACACAAACACAAAUUACAAUUGGACAAAACAAGAGAGUAAAGGUUAAUGGAGUUGAAGUGGAUUCAUCUGCUUAUCACAUCAAUCAUCUUGCAGAAAUAUAUCAGGAGCAGAAUUUUAUAGUUGUAAAUGCUUCACAUGAGCUCAUGGUCUACUACGAUGGCCGUUAUACACUUUUGGUCAGGCUGGGCCCAAGCUUCCAUGGAUCUGUGUGUGGAAUGUGUGGGAACAAUAAUGGAGAUCCUACAGAUGACAAGACCCUGCCGAAUGGAGAACUUGCACCCGAUGAUUAUGUUUUUGGCAACAGCUGGAAAUCAAACACCAGUAGCUCAAGAUGUGGUGUUAAUGACCAGCCUGUUGAUCCUAAUGACUGCGCCUUCAGAGAGGAGUACUCUAAACUCUGCAGCAUCAUCACCAACACCAGUGGACCAUUUCAGCACUGCCAGUUCCGUAUCAACCCUGAAUCCUAUUUCAGUUCCUGUGUGUAUGACAUGUGUGCUUACCCAGAGGCAUGGGGACAAGACAUACUCUGUUCAGCUGUGGAGGCCUAUGAUGCUGCUUGCACCACACUGGAGCUCCAGAUCCCAGACUGGCGCUCUGAUUUAUCUUGCUCAAGAAUGGAUCCCUGUGAGAAUCUGAACUGCACUGCAGAUGAGUGGUGUGGGGAGAAAGAUGGCAUCUAUGGCUGCUUCUGUAAUGAAAAUGAUCCCAGACCAAACCCUGAUCAUUAUGAUGCUACUGAAAUAUGUGAAAGCAGCUCUGGCACCAUGUCUCUGUCCCGCUGUCAGCUGUUUGAAGCUGGUUUUCCUGCGAGUAACCUCCACUUGAAUGACCCGAGCUGCAAAGGAACAGUUCAUGAUGGCAGACUGGUGUUCCACUUUGACAAUGAUGAACACAUCUGUGGCACAAAUCUUACGGCCAAUGGCACCCAUUUCAUUUAUGAGAACCAAAUCCAAGGGGAUGUAGACUCUCCAGAAGGCCCUAUUCACAGAGCGAAAAGACUGGAACUGUUCUUCUCCUGCAUUUACGAGCUCACUCAGACAUCUAGCAUGGAUACUGAGCUAAAUCCUAUUCAGAGCAUUGUGCACAAGGCUCUUCCAGAGGGAAAAGGCAUGUACCAGGUAAGGAUGAUUCCCUUUGAGGAUGCUGGCUUUUCACACCGGUACACUGGCAGGGUGAAUAUAGAGGUGGGCCAACAAAUCUACAUAGGAGUCUUUGUUCAAGGAGUCGACAGCCGUCAGAUUGCCACAGUGAUAGAUUCAUGUUGGGCCACACCUGUAAAAGAAGCAAACUACACUGUCCGCUGGGACCUGAUUAAUCACAAGUGUCCAAAUGCAAAUGAUGGCACAGUAAAGGUGAUUGAAAAUGGUGUCUCCACAACUGGACGAUUCUCCUUCAAGAUGUUUACAUUUUAUCAUGAUGAAUCCAAGGUUUUCCUUCACUGCAGCAUUCACCUUUGCCUUUUGAGAAAUAACAACUGUGCAAAGCGUUGCUUCCCUGGAAAUCAACACCGUUCAGGCAGAUCUGUGGACAUCCAUGACAGGGCCUCAAUUUCCAUGGGGCCUUUUAUCUGGUCAACAAAACGCUGAGGUCUGUAAAUCCACAAGGAAUGAAAAGGCAUUUUAUCAAUUUCCUGAGUAUCUGGAUGAUUCACUAAAGGCAUUUCCUGCUAAUUAUUUCUCUGUUAAUGCAUUUUCAAUUAAUCAUAAAACAAUGUUAUUACUUAAUGAGCAAACUUGUCUUUUAAUUAACUUAACAAUGACUUUUGUUUUUAUUAACCAGAUUAUACUGACAGGCUUUAAUGAAUAAAAUUAGAUUGUAAAUCAAUGUUGUGUGGUUAAAUAAUCUAAAAUGUAUUCUUCAGCUCAUCAAAUGAUUCUACUGUAAUUCUGAGUCUACUACAGUUCUAAAUGUGUGUUGCUCAAUAAAUUCUCUCUAACUCUCUUA